GCUUCACACUUUCUUGAAAGGUUACGCUCCAUUUUUUCUUCUCUCCCAUCCUAUCAUUAGAAACACCAAAUUUUCAAUAAUAAAUAUACAGGAAUAGAUCAAAAGAGACCAAAAUUAAUCACAAAACUAUCUACAAGAGAGAGAGAGAGAGAUGGGCGGCAAUGGAAGCAUGAAGGCGGCGAUGGUGGAGGCGGCUCCUUGUGCCGCCAUGGUGUUGGUGGAGGGUUCGAUUAUAGGAUUGACGAUAAUGGCUAGCACCGCGAUGGCUAGAGGAAUGAGCCCUUUUGUGUUUGUAGUCUACACCAAUAUUCUUGGAUCAAUUCUCCUCCUCCCUUAUUGCUUCUUCUAUCAAAGAGAAAGAUCGGAAGAUGCGGUGUUUACCUUGAAGUUUAUGGUGCGAGUGUUCUUGCUUGGUUUGAUAGGGAUAACUAUAGCUCAGAAUCUAGCAUUUGUUGGAUUGAGUUACAGUUCUCCAAUAGUGGCUUGUGGAAUGGCAAACCAGAUUCCUGCUUUCUCUUUCAUUCUAGGAAUCAUCCUGAGGACAAUAAAAUUCGAUUGGAAAAGGUCAGGCAGCCAAGCAAGAGUAAUAGGCACCUUGAUAUCUUUCGCCGGAGCAAUUUCCGUCACUCUCUAUAGGGGGCCCACCAUCAGAAGCCACUCCUCCCCUUCUCUUUCGGCCGCGCCGCCGCGUCUAUUCGUGUUCUUAGCACCACAUGAAAACUGGGUUCUUGGCUGCGUGCUAUUUGCAGCUUCUUCUUUCACUCUUGCCAUUUGGAACAUCCUUCAGGUGGGAACAGUGAAAAUGUGCUCAAACGUUAUGAAAAUAAUCUCUUUUUAUAGCUUAUUUGGGACGAUGCAAUCAGCUGUGGUUGCCCUUUUCUUCGAGAAAAAUCCAAGUGCGUGGAGGCUCGACCUCAAUUUUGAACUCUUAGUCAUCGUGCUCACGGCAAUUUUCAGCAGUUUGAUACGUACAAAAGUAUUGAUAUGGUGCACGAGAUGGAAGGGCCCUUAUUUUGUGCCCGCAUUCAAACCAUUUGGAAUUCCGUAUGCAAGUACCUUCGGUUGUUUGCUCUUUGCCGACACUUUCCAUAUUGGGAGCAUGAUGGGAGCAUUCGUGUGUGGUAUGGGGUAUUACACCGUUUUAUGGGGAGAGAUCAAAGAGGGUGAAGCACAGCGGUUGGAUGAUAGACGCAAUGACUCAUCAACGGCCGAAAAGGUUCCUCUUCUUCAAGAUAAAGAUUCCGGCCAAGUAUGAGAACUUUUAUUCUUUUCCUUUAUUUGUGAAUUAAUUUUCGCAUAACUUUCUGUGAUUGGAUUGAGAAGGAUUAGUUUUUUAGGAUCCUCCAUAUUUUUAUAUGAAAUCCUUUUGUAUUGUUUUGUAUGUGUAUAAUAUCCUAUCGUAAGUCUUGUUGUAGUGCUUGAAAUUAAUUUUUCAAUCACAAGUUGUAUAUAGAGCUAUUGUAACAAAUCAGAUCGACUAUUUUACUUUUGAAUAAUAUACUAAAUCAUUGUGAGUUGCAAA